AUGAGCGUGCGUAAGGCGCAUAACUCAGGUCGUAACCACUUGAGGAACGUGGUGGACUACUAUCAACAGAUCGGUCAAGAAAAGGCCCAAUCCGUCAUUGACUCCAUCACCUCCUCCUACGCCGCAGAGGGUCAACCCCUCCCCAAUCCCGCAAUGGUUCCCCCCGGAGCCUUCCCACCCCCAUUCGCAUUCCCAGGCGGACCAGGUCAAGCACCUCCAUUCGGAAUCCCCCCACCAGGUGCCCCCGGUGCCCCGCCUCGAGGCUUCCCGCCGCCAAACUUCAACCUUCCUCCUGGCGCAAAUUUCCCUCCUCCCGCUGGUUUCCCUGCUAAUUUCCCUAUCCCUCCGCCCGGUUCGCUUCCUCCUAUGCCUAUGCAUGGCGCGACGCAUUCGCCUAUUCCAUCUGGACCUCGUGGCUCAGAAGGUUACCCCCCGCCUCCUGGCGGUGGACCCCCUCCUGGCAUGGAUCAAAAAUGGUAA